AUGUCGAGAUCGCCUUCGCCUCAACCAGGCGGAUGGUCGAGCCCGGGCUUGAAUACCCCAUACGACAACAGUGGGCGGACGAGCCCCUACCCGAAUGGCUCCUCUUCACACAAUGUCACUUGGGCAUCGGCUCAACAGCGGAGUGCUGAGGUGAAAGGAUAUCCCGGCUUCACCCCGAGAAACCAAGGCUUCUUCGGCAAGCACUUUCGCAGAAUCUCUACAAGCUUGCCCUUCAACCACGGCGACAAGGAGAAACUAGGUCGUGGGCGGUCGCAAAACAAAGUAAUGCGUAUUUUGAAUGGCAUAGCCUGGACAAUAUGGCGUCUGCGGAAACGGGUCGCAUUGGUACUAUUCGUAGUAUUCUUCUUCAUUUUCUACAAUUCAAACACACCCAUCCGUCGUAUGUACAGACGGUCCGCAUGGUUCGGCGGCGGCAGCAAAUACGUCGUUAUACUCGCAGCGAACCAAGGUGGAGGUGUUAUGGAAUGGAAGGGUCCCCGCGAAUGGGCUAUCGAACGCGACAGCGUCAAGAAUAAGAAGAAGUACACAAGGAAUUGGGGCUACGAAUUGGAGAUCGUAGACAUGAGCACCAAGAAGCGUUAUGCGCACGAGUGGAGAGAAAGUUGGGAGAAGGUUGACACCAUUCGCAACGCCAUGCGCAAGUACCCGCAUGCUGAAUGGUUCUGGUGGCUUGAUACGAACACGUUCAUUAUGGAGCCGACAUACUCCCUUCAGAAGCAUGUCUUCAAGCAGCUACAAGACGUGACAUAUCGCGACAUCAACGUUUACAACCCCCUCAACAUCACCCAUCCUCUGACCGACGAAUACCUCGACCCCGAGACACGCUCACCAGUGGGAGACGGCAAGGUCGACUCUGUCAACAUGCUCUUACCCCAAGACUGUGGCGGUUUCAAUCUGGGCUCAUUCAUGGUGCGAAGAAGCGCGUGGACCGACAGGCUGCUUGACAUCUGGUGGGACCCUGUCGGCUACGAACAAAAACAUAUGGAGUGGGAGCACAAGGAGCAGGACGCUUUCGAGUACAUGUACCAGAACCAGCCCUGGAUCAGGCCUCACGUUGCCUUUAUCCAGCAACGCCAAAUCAUGAGUUUCCCACCAGGCGCAUGCGGUGAGAAUGGCGACAACCCCGAUAUCCACUACCAAGAGCAAGAUCGCGACUUUAUGGUCAACAUGGCUGGCUGCGAAUGGGGUCGCGACUGCUGGGCUGAGAUGUACAAGUACCGCCAACUCAGUAACCACCUGAAUCGCACACCCUGGGAGAAGUUCAAGGACGGUAUUUCGGACUUUUUCAAGAGCAGGACAAAGAAGGAGGAGAAGAAAGAAGAGAAGAAGAACUAG